UUCGUCGCGAAGCUGCGCUUUGCCUUCCAGACGCCGUCGAAGCUCUUCCUCGCCAUGGACUACUACCCCGCGGGGAGCCUCGACGCGGUGCUCGAGAGCCGCGCGUUCCGGCGCAAGGACGCGCGCGCGGCCGCGCGCCGCGUCGGCGCGGAGCUCGCGGCGGCCCUGGGCCGCGUCCACGAGCUCUGCGUGCUCCACCGGGACCUGAAGCCGUCGAACGUGCUCGUCGACGCCGCGGGCCACGUCGCGCUCUCCGACUUCGGCCUCGCGACGCGCGUCGGCCGGCCCGGCGGCGUCGUCAGGAAGCGGUCCUUCGCGGGCACGGUGAACUACGCCGCGCCGGAGCUCCUCCUCAAGUCGCGCGAGACCUACGGCGGCGCCGUCGACUGCUGGGCCCUGGGCUGCCUGCUGCACGAGAUGCUCGCGGGCGCGCCGCCGUUCCGCGCGCCCACCGCGCGCGAGACCUUCGCGAGGAUCGCGGGGCCGGAGCCCGCGCCCGCGCCCGGG